AUGAGUAGCGACCCGACCGAAUCAGCCCGGCAUCCGGCCAGAUUGAUCAAUCUACAGCUCGGCUGGCCAUCACCCAGAUUAUUUUCCUCUGAAAGUCUGCUUCAUGGCGCCCAGGAAGUGCUCACCUCCGAGACGGAAACGUGUGCAGCCCUCGUGUAUGGACCUCAUAUCGGCCACCCGCCGCUCCGACGGAGCAUCGCAGGGUGGCUAUCAUCAGUAUACUCCCGUCCUGUGAACUUUGACCGGUUAUGUAUCACCAAUGGCGCAUCCGGGAACCUCUCUAAUGUUCUACAAAAAUUUACAGAUCCUCUAUACACAAGGAGGAUCUUCAUGGUCGAGCCUACAUACUUUCUGGCAUGUCCCAUUUUCGAGGAUAACGGGUUCCAGGGGAAGCUUCGAGGGGUCCCGGAACAGGAUGAUGGGGGGCUGGACAUCGAGUUUCUUCGCCGGGAGCUGGCAGUGGCAGAAGAUGCAGCCUGCGAGGCAGCACGGUAUGGUGGCAUUGCCGAUGCGCCAGCUCGCAAAGUCGGAAAGGCAUAUUCCAAGAUCUACAAGUACAUUAUCUACGUGGUACCGACAUUCUCAAAUCCCGGUGGAAACUGCAUGUCUGUUCAGAAGAGAAAGGACCUCGUCUGCUUAGCCAGAGACUACGACGCGCUCAUCGUUUCCGACGACGUGUACGAUUUUCUAAGCUGGCCAGAACGGUCGGAAGAAACAGACCAGAUGAGCAGUGUCCCACCCCGCCUAGUGGACAUAGACCGCGGCUUGGAUGGCUAUGGGAAAUGGGGAAACACAUUGAGCAACGGUUCUUUCUCCAAGAUCAUAGGCCCGGGUGUCCGUGUCGGAUGGGCAGAUUGUGCACCUGCACUCGCAGUUGAGUUGGCCGAGAUUGGCUCUUCAAGUUCUGGCGGUGCGCCUUCUCACCUCACCUCAACAUUUGUCGACAAGAUGCUCCGAAGGGGAGGGCUCCAAAGUCACAUCCAGAACGUGCUGGUCCCAACCUACAGAGCCCGAUACUGCACCCUCAAUGCUGCAGUCGCGGAGCUCCUGACGCCCCUGGGCGUCCGAGUCGAGUCAAGCUCAUUUCGAGACGGUGCAGCCAGGGUAGCGGGCGGCUUUUUCUCGUACCUGAGAUUACCGGAUGGCAUGCCCCAGGCAAAGGAUGUCGCGGCCUAUUGUCUGACGGAAUAUAACCUGAGGAUUGCGUUUGGCAGCAUGUUUGCUGUCACGGGCGACGAGACUAGCAUGCAGAGAGCUGCUGCGACCGGUGGCUUUUCUGCAUGCAUCCGAUUAUGCUGGGCUUGGCACGAGGAAGACGAGAUUCGAGAAGGCAUAGAUAGACUGGCGGCAGCUCUAUGUGAUAUCAGAGCCAUGCAAGAGCGAGGGGAGAGUUUGGAGACUCGAGAAAUAGGAAUACGGUAG